CAGGAGGCAUCUUUGGAAGCUACUCAGUUCCGGGUCCUAGCAAUGUGAAACUACAAAUCCCAGAAUCCUUAGAGAAAGCCAUAGUCAAGUUGCCGGUGGAAUUGGCCCAGGAUGACAGCUGGAGAAUGGAGUCAGUUAUGUCCAAGUAUGAAAACCAGAUUAUUAUUUUCACUGAAUACCUAGAAGAAUUCCCAGAUACAGAUGAGCUGGUAUGGAUCCUGGGGAAGCCACAUCUCCUUAAGACAGAAAAAUCUAAGCUGUUGUCUGAUAUAAGUGCUCGUCUAUGGUUUACAUACAGAAGGAAAUUUUCACCGAUUGGGGGAACAGGCCCUUCGUCUGAUGCUGGCUGGGGAUGUAUGCUGCGCUGUGGGCAGAUGAUGCUGGCUCAAGCCCUCAUCUGUAGACACUUGGGAAGGGAUUGGAACUGGGAGAGACAAAAAGAACAACCCAAAGAAUACCAAAGGAUACUGCAGUGUUUCCUAGAUAGAAAAGACUGUUGCUAUUCAAUCCAUCAGAUGGCACAAAUGGGUGUAGGAGAAGGGAAAUCAAUUGGCGAAUGGUUUGGACCAAAUACAGUUGCACAGGUGAUAAAAAAACUUGCUUUAUUUGAUGAAUGGAAUUCCUUGGCUGUUUAUGUUUCAAUGGAUAACACAGUGGUCAUUGAAGAUAUCAAGAAAAUGUGCUGUGUUCUUCCUGUGGGUGCUGCUGACACAGCUGGUGAGAGCCCUCCUGAUUCUCUGACUGCUUCCAGUCAGAGUAAGGGCACCUCUGCCCCGUGCCUAGCCUGGAAACCCCUGCUGCUCAUUGUGCCCCUUCGCCUGGGCAUAAACCAAAUCAACCCUGUGUAUAUUGAAGCAUUCAAAGAGUGUUUUAAGAUGCCACAGUCUUUAGGGGCUUUAGGAGGAAAGCCAAAUAACGCCUAUUAUUUCAUAGGAUGCUUAGGUAAGAAAGAAUGAAUUGCAAGUAAGUUGUUAUGGGCCACGGAAGGGUGUGGGGCAACAGUGUUCCUGGGAUAUAGGUUCUGGUGAGUGGGCAUUGCUUUACCUUAGGGAUACUGUGGCCUCUGGCAGCUCCUUGUGUCUCCAACCUGAUCUAUACAGAGUGAUUCUUUUUUCUUGUGCUUGCUGGGCAACAGUUCACCAUUAAUGCAUCUAUUUCUGCCUCUUGGUGGGAUGGUUUUGCUCUUUUCUGCUGGCUGGACACAGGGUCACGGUAUUACUCCAGAAUGGUUCUCUCUUGUAGGUGGGUCCCAGGACAGUGGGGUUUCAAUAUUUUGACUUUGCUGAUUUCCUUUUUCUUGAAGUUCAGGCAACAUACUUGGAGUAUGCACUGGUUUCCCAGGUCACCAAGAAUAGACUGGCUGUCUCAUUAUUUAGAGUCAUGAGUGAAUAGGAAUCAAAAGGUGGAAAG